AUGUUUGUGUCCAGUGGAAGGUUGAGCCGAGCAGGAUGCAGACCAGAUCUGCCCAUGCGAGUGCAGGACAACAGCAGGGCCAGCAGCUUGUACGCAACACCACAGAGUAAACUUCCAUCUUUUGGAAAGCUCAGCAUGUCGAGACCAGCAUCUGUGACCUCUGAAAAGCGAACCAGCUUCUUUGGUGCACGAACUAGUGGAGCUGGCAUGCCUCGGAGCAGCAUCAUGGCAGGGUUUGGAGGAACUGAGAAAAUCAAAGAUGCCCGACCUCUCCACGAUAAGGCGUUUGUUCAGCAAUGUAUCCGACAGCUGCAUGAGUUCCUAACUGAACAGGGUUACCCAGGCACUUUGUCACCCAAAACUCUCCAGUCGCCCUCCACUAAGGAAUUUGUGAAGAUUUUUGAGUUCAUUUACCGCCUGUUUGAUCGAACCUUUGAGAUGCCUAACUCCAAAGUUGAGGAGGAGGUUCCAGCUCUCCUAAAAGACUUAAGGUAUCCGUUUGUGCUCUCCAAGUGUUCCAUGUAUUCUGUUGGAGCUCCUCACACAUGGCCUCAGGCCCUUGGUGCGCUCAUGUGGCUAAUUGAUACUUUCAAGAUAUGGAGUUUUUCUAAGCAGGAGCUGCCGUUUUCGGACUCCUGUGAAGAUGGCAACAAUAUUGACGUGCCCGAGUAUAGCAAGCUGUUCCUAGAAUGCACAUAUGAGACGUAUGCCAAGUUCAUGCAGGGGCAGGAUACGUUUGAGCAGGACGACGAGGCAUUCCUUUCCAAACUGAAGAAGCUGUACAAUGUUGACGAGGCCCUGCUGCUGUCCAUGGAGGAAAAGAACAGAAUCCUCAGUGAAGAGGUCAGUCGUCUGGAAAAAGAGAGUCAGACGGACCGUCUAAUGACAAAGAGGAUGGAGAAGAUGAAGCUGCAGUCCGACUUGAAGAAACUUCAGAGUUAUCGAAGCAGCCUCGACGCGUUUAAAGCCAACCUGGAGAUCAAGGCUUCAAACCUGAACGAUGAAUUGGGGAUGACUGUCAGUCUUCUGGAAUCCCUGAAACGUGAGAAGGAUAAUCUUCAACAACAACUGGAGAAUCAAAAGUUUACUCCAGCUGACGUCGAGAGGAUUAACGCUGAGAAACGGGAACUUCAGCAGACCAUUGCUGGUCUCAGCAAGUCUCUUGAGGAAGCUGAGCAGCAUAAAUGGAAUGAAGAAAUUGCCCUUUCAAGGGUGCAAGAAAAGGCAGAGCUGAAGCUGACAGAGUACCACAAGUUGGCACGAAAACUCAAGCUGAUACCUCAGUCUGCAGAAAACGCCUGUGGUCACAAUUUUGAGAUUAGUUCCUUCAAAGGUGCACCCGGCAGUAUCAUUCAACAUAAUGCACAGACACAGAUGCUUCUGAGAAAGCUGGUCAGUGACGUAGAGGAGGAGAAUAGUCGGUUAGCCAACGUGAAACUCAGCCUGGAGGAGUCCAUUGAACAGGUAACUUCCAACAUCACAGAGAAGUCCAAUGAACUCGAGCAGCUCAGAGAGCAGAUCCGUAAGUUGGAUGAACGACUGGAAGCUAACAUGCAGGAGCUAGCCCGGGAAGAGCAGAACUGGGCAAAAGAGAUGGAGUCAGUGGAAAACCACCGCAAACAUCUUGAGGAGAAAGUUAAUUAUGGUUAUCAUGAGGCUGUGCGUCAGCUGACGGCAACACAGCAGAAGUAUCAUUUGGUGCUGCAAGAGACAAUAGAAGAAAAACGAAUAGUUGCCAACAAUCUCACUUCCAUAUUUACCACCGCUGCCAACCACCUGUCAGUUACUGAGAAGUGCAUGGAGGAGCUGCACAGCAAGGUGCAGCGCAUCACCUCCAAGGCUGUGGAGGAGGACAAGGCUGCUGUUCAGCAGCUGAAGGAAACAUUGAGGAGCUUCAAGGCAAAAGCAAAUAUUUUAUAG